AUGGCUGCUCGCUUUGCCAAGCUUACGAAAGCUUGGCAGAACCUGAAGCUUAGCAAGAGCCGGCAAGCCAAGGGCAUGCCGUGGCUACGCUGGGAGGAGGAAGAAGAGAGGGAGUGUGAGCCGGGUGCACAGGCUUUGACAUUUAACUGUCAGAUGGUGCGACUUAUGGUUGAGCACCUGCAGCAGCUUACUUUGGUCUCGAUCGUUUUGCUUCAAAAGGUAGAGGAGUUCUAUGAGAACCAGGGGUGGGAUGUGACUCCCUCCCGCAUCUACAAGGACAGCUGGGGCCUUCGGAAGUUGUACUCCUAUGCCCUGAGACGUGAAGCUGAUUGCCACAAGCGAGGGCAAACACCUGCCGGCGAGGCAGUCCAGAAGCUGUUCCAGCUCAUCCGGGAACUCCGGAAUACGCUGCCCACUCCUGCCCGAAAGCUGAAAGGUUGUGUCAAGCAGAUCUAUGAGAGAAAGAAGGCAGAAGAGGGAGAGCGAGCAGACGAGGAGCAGGAGGAGGAGGAGGCCCUCGUGACACCAGUAAGGCGACUUCAAGCGAAGACAGCAGUCGCUGAGGAGGAAGUGCUUUUUGUGGGCUCUUCGGAAACGAAGGAAAAGAAAGACAAUGACAAGGAUGGCCCGAAGGAGGCUGAUCUUGUUGAUCCGCAGAUGCAGAGGUCGAUGAGAACUGCGAAGAAGGGCAAGGGCAAGGGCAUGUGCAAAUCCAGCAAAACUGUGAUUAAGAAUCACCUCAAGGAGAAGCCCGAGCCAAAGAAGGCCAAGGCCAAAGGAAAUUCUAAGAAGAAUAAGAAGGAUGCAGGCGGUCCAGUUGCAAACAUACUGAUGGUGAUCUUCAACAUUGUCAGCAACAUGGAGUUUGAUGCUGUGGAAUUCUUUGUUCAUCACACAAUGGAUGCAAGACAACUUCUGAAGUCCCUGGAGGCUCGUCGUGAGCAGGAGCAGCUGACAACGCCAGCUGCUGAUCUCGAGGAGGCUGAAGAGCCUCCCAGCAAGAAGCCCCGGCUUCGAAAGAAGAAGUCGAAACGAGGAAAGCUUGAUACUGCUGCCGAGGAUAAUGAUCUAGGGCAGGAAAAGGGGACACCCGAGAAGCCUCCCCCGAAGCCUUCUGCCGCAAAGAGCCCGGUCCGUUUUCAGAGCCCCAGGCCUACUGGUGGGGCUGCCUCCUCAGGCCUAGAGCGAGUGGUUGACAAGGGGGAAGAUGCCCAGGAUGUUUGGGGAGGGUCGGAGCCACCUUCCGCACCAAAGGCCUCGACACCCCCGCCGAAGACUUUCAGCCCCAAACCUGGGACCCCAAGCUACGACAGUGCCACCGAAGGCUGGGACACCAAAGAAGGCUUCGACACCAAAGGCUUCGACACCCAAGGCUUCGACACCCAAGCCCUCGACACCCAAGCCCUCGACACCCCGACCCACGCCCCAGAACAGACGCCCAAGAAGGCGACACCACGAAAGUCCCUGCUUGCAAGUUUUGACGAAGCUUGUGCCCAGCCUCCCGCAGAAGUCUUGACUCUUCCAGCACCUCGGUCCGACUCCGAGAACGAGGAUGACGACAUGCUGCAGUUCGCACUACACAACAUGAUCGAGGACAAGGAUAUCUACGGCACGCCACUGAAGGAGCUGUUCACGCAGAGGGUGAAGCACACAUACACGCAGAGCAGGAAGGACAAGUACCAGAAGAAGCUUAUUUGGUACUAUUGCGAUAUUGCCUAUGAGGCUGUUCGCUCCGACAAGGACGAGGAGCAGAUGAGCCGAGAGACGGGACUGGGUGAAGCCCAAGUCAGUGAUGUGCCUUUGGGACUGGGGGCGAGCCUUCCCAACCUCAACUCCGACGAUGAAGACGAUGUAGAAGCAGAGGAUGAUGAUGAAGAUGAAAAGGAUGAGGAUGCUGAGGAGGGUACGCAGCCAACGGCUAAGCUAGGAAAGCGAAAGACCAAGGAGGAUCUAAAUGAUGUGAACGAGGACAGGAAAGCGGAUUUGCUGAAGACCCAGAUCAAAGAACUGGGUGUGAAACAUGAUGAACUCGUCGACAUAAAGUCUGCCUAUGACUGCGACGAGGAGAUUGAUUCCGGGAUGCUGGGCAGCAUGAAGCUGACUAAGCUGAUGGGCCAGAUCAACAAGCUGUCGAGUCGCAUGGCUAUGGAGGAGAACAAAAUCAAGAAGACUGUGUUGUCCGGUGCCAAGACGGAAAAGCCGAAGGCGGCCCCCAAGCCUGAUCCCGCAAAGCCAAAAGGCAAGGCCAAGGCGGCGAACAGGUCGCCGAAGUGUUCUGACCUCGAGCCCUUGUCCCACAAGAUACGGGGGCACUUCAUGUGCAACUUCGGGGUAUCACAUGAGUUGGUUGCCGGGGUGGCACGUGCCGUGGAGUCGGAGAUCAACGAUUCUUUUGGGGAGGAGGCUGCCGCAAAGCUAAAGUCUUACAAGCUUCUUUGCAAGAUGAGUCGUGGGCACCUCACCGGUCAUGCAGCACAGAAGACCCGAGACGCUUUGGCUACUAUGCCAGAAAGCCAGGCACCAAUACCGGUAACCGGAGUUGAUGUUGGCUUGAAGCAGCUUUUUCCGUGUAUUCUGUUUUCUGAUUAUCUUCGGGUGCUAGCUGAUCAGAACAAGCUGAACGUGCUUACAAAAGAUGUCAACCUUGAAGCUUUCUGGGACAAGAUGCAACCGCUGAGACCACAGCAUCCCAUCUUCCAGCUGCCUGCAAGUGCAAGGGCUUGUACCAUUCCACUCUACCUCAUAGGGGAUGAGGGCCGUGGCUACAAGAAGUCAGCUGUUUUCGUGUUGGGGUCAGAAUCACUGCUCGGCGAUGGCUGUGAUGCACAAGACUCGCAAACUGCAGAGGACAAGAUGAAAAUGAACUUCGUGGGAAAUACUUUUCUUACCAGGCAGCUGUUCGCAUGCAUGCCCAAGUACUUGUAUGCCAAGAAGGACCUGCCCCUUCACAAACUUAUCAAUAUCUGGGCAGAAGAUUUUGCGAAACUCUUCUACGAUGGCCUGCAGAUCCGCAGCGGCGGCUGCACGCAGACAUGGCGGGUCGCUGUUCUGGGUUUGAAGGCUGAUUGGCCGGCUCUGGAUAAGCUGGGUCUCUACUUGCAUAUGAAUAACCUCACUGCGAAGGGACUGUUGGGGAUCAGCUCGUCAGCAGACUUCCCUGUCGGGCAGUGGUUCAAAGGUGCCGAUACCACAUUUGUGCUGAAAUAUCUGAUCUGGAAGUACGAGGCUCUACAAGAGUCAGGUGCCCUGGAGGGCCACAGCGAGGCUGAGUACUUGGGUCAGAUUCUGGAGUGCCUGCGAGCCUCCGAUGGGUUCCUCAGCUGCUUGUAUAAGGCGGGGUUGUUCUUGAACAACCGUCGCCUUAUCAGGAUUUGUCGGCUGGCCACGGCGAUGGUUACAAAGUAUACCAAAAUUGCGGCGAUGGCACAUUCAAGAUCCUUGCCCAGGUUCAAAUUGACACCGAAGUACCAUAUGCUGCUGCACGUGGUGCACCAGCUGCUGGUGGACAAGGAGGCCAAUCGGUCACCCGUCAACCCGUUGGCUUAUUCAUGCCAGAUGGCAGAGGACUUCAUUAAUCGAAUUGCAACUCUGGCAAGAUCUGUGAACCCACGUUUUGUGCCCGAGAGAACCUUGUACCUCUACAAGGUCGCACUCGCAAAGGUGUGGGAGUGA